CCGCCGGCUGCUCUCCGGCCGCACACAGCCGCCCUCUCCCUUGCCCUGCGCGCAACUGUCAGGAGAAAACGGGACGGCGCAUAUUGGCUCGGCGACACGCCGAGGCUCCUCCCCGAGUCUGGAUCCUUAUAUAUAUAUUUUUUGGGGGGAGAAUUUCUUUGAACUCAGUUAGCGAGCUCGGGGAAGGAGGCAAGUUCCCACCGCCGGCUUGGCUCGGCGAGGGCUCGCCCACCUUCCCUGCAGCCGCCCUGCGACCUCCUCGCCGCCGCCGUCCUCCACCUCCUCCUCCUCCUCCGCCCCGCUAGAGGAGAACGCGCUGGCCCGGUGGAGGAAAAUGCUAGCGAUCUGGAUGUGACCGCGAAGAGAGGACGCGUGGCUGGAGGAGGCAGAGAGAUGAGAAGACCCAUUAUUUGAGAGCCACCAGCCGCUCCAACCCUUCCUGCAAAUUGGUGCUAUUACUUCUGGGGUCCAUUUGCUUUUAUUCUCCUCCCCCCAACCCUAUUAAGAAAUCUUGACUUGAGGACCAACCCCUACCACGAGGGGGGACGCCUUCUGGGGUUGGCAGACCUUUUGGAUGUAGCCUUGUGGGAACAUUUAGACCCUUUUUCCUCUGGAAGAGCCACCAUGAAUUCGGUAGUUGGAAAUAAAGAGAGGCUUGCGGUCUCCACCAGGGGCAAGAAAUACGGGGUGAAUGAAAUGUGCUCGCCCACCAAGCCCUCAGCGCCCUUCUCUCCCGAGAGCUGGUACCGCAAGGCUUACGAGGAGUCGCGUGCCGGCAGCCGGCCCACCCCGGAGGGAGCAGGCUCUGCACUGGGCUCAUCGGGUACCCCGUCCCCGGGCUCGGGCACCUCGUCCCCGAGCUCCUUCACCGGCUCCCCGGGACCCGCGUCUCCGGGCAUCGGUACCAGCUCGCCCGGCUCCCUGGGCGGCUCGCCGGGCUUCGGUACCGGCUCCCCUGGCUCGGGCAGCGGCGGCGGCUCCUCCCCCGGCUCCGAUCGCGGCGUCUGGUGCGAGAACUGUAACGCCCGCUUGGUGGAGCUGAAGAGGCAGGCUCUCAAGCUGCUGCUGCCGGGACCCCUCCCGGGCAAGGACCCUGCGUUCUCUGCUGUGAUUCAUGACAAACUCCAGGUCCCUAAUACCAUCAGGAAGUCGUGGAAUGACCGAGACAACCGCUGUGACAUUUGUGCCACACACCUGAACCAGCUGAAGCAGGAAGCCAUCCAAAUGGUGUUGACCUUGGAGCAGGCAGCUGGCAGCGAACACUAUGACGCCUCCCCGGGCUCACCCCCUCCGAUCUCCAGCAUUCCCACACUGGUGGGGUCCCGGCACAUGGGUGGGCUCCAGCAGCCCAGGGAGUGGGCCUUUGUGCCUGCCCCCUAUGCCACCUCUACCUACACAGGCCUUGUCAACAAACACAGCGGCAAACCCAACAGCCUUGGGGUCAGCAACGGACCAGAAAAGAAGAGUGGGUCCCCAACCCACCAGGCCAAGAUCAGCCUCCAGAUGGCCACCAGCCCCAGCAAUGGAAACAUCCUUAACUCGGUGGCCAUUCAGGCUCACCAAUAUCUAGAUGGCACCUGGUCCCUUUCAAGAACCAAUGGGGUUACCCUGUACCCCUACCAGAUCUCCCAGCUGAUGACAGAGACCGGCCGUGAGGGACUGACAGAGUCAGCGCUCAACCGCUACAAUGCCGACAAGCCUGCAGCCAGCAGUGUCCCAGCCCCACAGGGUUCCUGUGUGGCCAGUGAGACUUCCACGGGGACCUCGGUGGCCGCUUCCUUCUUCGCACGAGCUGCCCAGAAGUUAAAUUUGUCGUCUAAGAAGAAGAAACACCGGCCUUCGACUCCGUCUGUUGCGGAGGCUCCCCUCUUUGCGACCAGCUUCAGUGGGAUCCUGCAGACCUCACCUCCCCCGGCUCCACCCUGUCUCCUGAGGGCUGUCAACAAGGUGAAGGACACUCCUGGCAUGGGCAAGGUGAAAGUCAUGCUGCGCAUCUGUUCCACGUCGGCUCGAGAUACCUCAGAAUCCAGCUCUUUCCUGAAGGUGGAUCCACGGAAGAAGCAGGUCACCUUGUAUGACCCCCUGACUUGUGGAGGUCAGAAUGCCUUCCAGAAAAGAAGCAGCCAGGUUCCUCCGAAGAUGUUUGCGUUUGAUGCGGUUUUCCCACAAGAUGCUUCUCAGGCUGAAGUUUGUGCUGGAACUGUGGCCGAAGUCAUCCAGUCUGUGGUGAACGGGGCAGAUGGCUGUGUGUUCUGUUUUGGCCAUGCCAAGCUGGGAAAAUCCUACACCAUGAUCGGAAGGGAUGACUCUAUGCAGAACCUGGGCAUUAUUCCAUGUGCUAUUUCUUGGCUGUUCAAGCUUAUCAAUGAACGCAAAGAAAAGACGGGGGCCCGAUUCUCAGUCCGCAUCUCGGCCGUGGAGGUGUGGGGGAAAGAGGAGAACCUUCGAGACCUGCUGUCUGAGGUGGCCACGGGCAGCCUACAGGACGGGCAGUCCCCGGGCGUGUACCUAUGUGAAGACCCCAUCUGUGGCACACAGCUGCAGAACCAGAGCGAGCUGCGGGCCCCCACCGCGGAGAAAGCUGCCUUCUUCCUGGACGCCGCCAUUGCCUCGAGGCGGAGCAACCAACUGGAUUGUGAUGAGGAUGACCACCGCAACUCCCACAUGCUCUUCACCCUGCACAUCUACCAGUACCGGAUGGAGAAGAGCGGGAAGGGCGGAAUGUCUGGAGGUCGCAGCCGCCUGCAUCUCAUCGACCUUGGCAGCUGUGUGAAAGCUCUCAGUAAAAACCGAGAAGGAGGCUCGGGGCUGUGCCUCUCACUGUCUGCUCUGGGCAACGUCAUCCUGGCUUUGGUCAAUGGGAGCAAACACAUCCCCUACAAGGAGAGCAAGCUCACCAUGCUUCUGAGAGAGUCUCUGGGGAACGUGAACUGUCGCACCACCAUGAUCGCACACAUCUCGGCCGCAGCCGGCAGCUACGCGGAGACCCUGUCCACCAUCCAGAUCGCAUCGAGGGUCUUAAGGAUGAAGAAGAAGAAGACGAAGUACACAUCGAGCUCCUCUGGGGGAGAAAGCUCCUGUGAGGAGGGCAGAAUGCGCAGGCCCACCCAGCUGAGACCCUUCCAUGCCCGGGCUCCAGUGGAUCCAGAAUUCCCCCUUGCCCCACUGUCCAGCGAUCCUGACUACUCGUCCAGCAGUGAGCAGUCCUGCGAUACCGUCAUCUACAUCGGGCCCAACGGCACAGCCCUGUCUGACAAGGAACUCACAGACAAUGAGGGGCCCCCGGACUUUGUGCCCAUUGUGCCAGCCCUACAGAAGACCAGAGGUGACAGCCGGCCCGGGGAGGUGGCAGAGGCUGCAGCCAGCAAGUCAGAAAGGGACUGUCUGAAGUGCAAUACGUUUGCCGAGCUGCAAGAAAGACUAGAUUGCAUAGAUGGCAGCGAAGAACCCAACACGUUUCCCUUCGAAGAGCUGCCCAUCCAGUUCGGGCCGGAGCAGGCUGGCAGAUGUGCUUCUUUAAGCCAAGCAGCGGGGCCAGACACACUCUCUGAGUCCGAUAAGGAAGAUAAUGGGUCAGACAGUGGCCAGUUGCCAGAGAGGGAAGGCACAGAGCUUCCAACCUCCAAGGUGCAGCAGAAUCGGUCCCCUGCGCCUACUGUGACCCGCAGCAGCAGCCCCAGUCCAGCCUCACCACGGAGCAUCCCGGGCAGCAGUAGCCAGCACAGCUCCUCCCAGCUGACACAGAGCUCCAGUCUCCAGAGCAGCCGGGAGAGUCUGAACUCGUGUGGCUUUGUGGAGAGCAAGCCCAGACCCAUGGGCUCUCCAAGGCUAGGCGUUGCUAGUCUGUCCAAGACCUCAGAGUACAAACCUCCCAGCUCUCCCUCUCAGAGGUGCAAAGUCUACACCCAGAAGGGGGUCCUGCCCUCCUCUGCCCCGCCACCUUCCCUGAGCAAGGACUCUGGCAUGGUCUCCAGUGAGUCCUUGCUUCAGCCCGAUGUGCGUACUCCCCCAGUUGGGAUGAGUCCCCAGGUUUUGAAGAAAUCCAUGUCUGCGGGGUGUGAAGGGUUUCCCGGAACCCUGGUUGACGGUGAGGAUGCGGAAGGCCCUCCUGCGGACUCCAAGAAGGAGAUUCUGAGCACCACAAUGGUGACCGUGCAACAGCCCCUAGAGCUGAAUGGUGAGGAUGAGCUGGUCUUCACACUAGUGGAGGAGCUGACCAUCAGCGGGGUGCUUGACAGUGGACGCCCGACCAGCAUCAUCAGCUUCAAUAGUGACUGCUCCGUGCAGGCCCUAGCCUCUGGCUCCCGGCCCGUCAGCAUCAUCAGCAGCAUCAGCGAGGAUCUGGAAUGCUACUCCAGUAUGGCCCCCGUCUCCGAGGUAAGCAUCACACAGUUCCUACCGCUCCCGAAGCUGGGCCUGGAGGAGAAGCCUCGGGAAGCGGGCAGCCGGCGCUCCUCCAUCAGCUCCUGGCUGAGUGAGAUGAGCGCCGGCAGUGAUGGUGAGCAGUCGUGUCACAGCUUCAUAGCACAGACAUGCUUCGGGCACGGGGAAGCCAUGGCGGAACCCCCAGCCUCAGAGUUUGUCAAUACCAUUCAGAACACGGCGGUGGUGUGCAGAGAGAAGCCUGAGGUGGGCCCUGACAACCUGCUCAUCUUAUCUGAGGUGGGUGAAGAGACGGAUAACAAAGCCGCUCCCAUCAAAGGCUGCAAAAUCUCUACAGUGGGCAAGGCCAUGGUCACCAUCUCCAACACAGCCGGUCUGAGCAGCUGCGAAGGGUACAUCCCCAUGAAGACCAACAUCACCGUUUACCCCUGCAUCGCCAUGAGCCCCCGAAAUGUGCAAGAGCCUGAGUCCGCCACUGCCACCCCAAAGGCGAGCCCCAAAGCAUCCCAGGCCCAGGAAAGCAAGGAACCCAGUACAAGGAGGGAGAUGAAAUUUGAGGAUCCCUGGCUUAAACGAGAAGAAGAGGUGAAAAGGGAGAACGCUUACUCCAGCGAGGAAGGGGUUAAGUGUGAGACCGGCUCAAGCUCCCUGAAGGAAGAAGGUAAGAUGGAGCAAGAACUGGAUGGCAGGCCCAGCUCGGGCAACAGGCUGAGCGGCAGCAGCUCGGAGGCAGCCGCCUUUCAGGUGACUGACAGCAUUAGGAGGGUCGUGGAUGGCUGUGAGAUGGCCCUGCCUGGCUUGGUGGCCCAGAGUCCCCUCCAUGCCAACCGAAACCUAAAGUCAAGCAGCCUCCCAAGGGCGUUUCAGAAAGCCGACAGGCACGAGGAGCUGGACAGCUUCUACCAUUGCCUGGCAGACAGCAAUGGCUUCAGUGCUGCUCCGGGCAUCCCAUCCUCGAAGACAACCCUGGAGAGGAAAGUAGCGUCACCCAAGCAUUGUGUCCUGGCGAGGCCCAAAGGGACGCCGCCUCUGCCUCCUGUCCGCAAGUCUAGCUUGGACCAGAAGAACAGGGCCAGCCCUCAACACAGCAGCGGCGGUGGCAGCAGCAGCAGCACCAGCAGCCCCCUGAACCAGCCGGCCACCUUCUUGGCUUGCUUCCCGGAUGAGUCCACCAGCAAGACUAAGGAUGCUACUAGCAGCAGUAAGCUCUUCAGCGCCAAGCUGGAGCAGCUGGCCAGCAGAAGCAACUCCCUUGGCAGGACAACAGUCAGCCACUAUGAAUGCUUGUCGUUGGAGAGGGCCGAAAGCCUGUCGUCUGUCAGCUCCCGCAUGCAUGCCAGCAAAGACAGUACCAUGCCCCGCACUGGCAGGAGCCUGGGUCGCAGCACGGGAGCCUCACCACCCAGCUGCGGCAUCACCCAGUCCGCAGGGGCCUCCCCCAAGGCCGGUCAGUCUAAGAUCUCGGCAGUGAGCAAGCUCCUGCUGGCUAGCCCUAAAUCCCGCAGCAGCCUGUCCACCCCGACCACCAAAACCCUCAGCUUCUCCACCAAGUCCCUGCCUCAGUCAGUGGGCCAGAGCUCCAACCUACCGCCCAGCGGGAAACACAUGUCCUGGUCCACCCAGUCGCUCAGCAGGAACCGGGGUUCUGGGCUGGCUUCCAAACUACCGCUGAGAGCUGUCAACGGGCGCAUUUCCGAGCUGCUCCAGGGCAGUGCGGGGCCGAGGGGUGCACAGCUGCGGGCAGAGGCGGAAGAGCGCGGUGGGGCUCCCGCGGAGGACAAGCCCGCCGCCGCCCACCUGCUGCCCUCGCCCUACAGCAAGAUCACCCCUCCGAGGAAGCCGCACCGCUGCAGCAGCGGGCACGGUAGUGAUAACAGCAGUGUCUUGAGCGGGGAGCUGCCACCGGCCAUGGGCAAGACUGCCCUGUUCUACCACAGCGGCGGCAGCAGUGGCUACGAGAGCAUGAUGAGGGACAGCGAGGCCACCGGCAGCGCAUCCUCGGCCCAGGACUCCAUGAGCGAGAACAGCAGCUCCGUGGGAGGGAGAUGCCGGAGUCUCAAGACCCCAAAGAAGCGGUCCAAUUCAGGUUCCCAGAGACGGAGGCUCAUUCCAGCAUUGUCUCUUGAUACCCCCUCACCUGUGAGAAAAACUACCAGCAGCACAGGGGUCCGCUGGGUGGACGGCCCAUUGAGGAGCACCCAGAGGAGCCUUGGGGAACCAUUCGAGAUUAAAGUCUAUGAAAUUGAUGAUGUGGAGCGCCUGCAGCGACGUCGAGGAGCUACCAGCAAGGAGGUCAUGUGCUUCAAUGCCAAGCUGAAAAUCCUAGAACACCGGCAGCAGAGAAUCGCUGAAGUCCGAGCCAAGUACGAGUGGCUGAUGAAGGAGCUGGAAGCGACCAAACAGUACCUGAUGCUGGACCCCAACAAGUGGCUUCGUGAAUUUGACUUGGAACAGGUCCUGCAGCUGGAUUCCCUGGAGUACCUGGAGGCACUGGAGGGUGUGACAGAGCGCCUGGAGAGCCGCGUCAACUUCUGCAAGGCCCAUCUCAUGAUGAUCACCUGCUUUGACAUCACCUCCAGGCGCCGGUAAGGACCGAUGGGCUCCGAGCCAUCAGUCCCUCUCUCCCCAGGACUUCAGUAGGACACCGCCCUCCCAAGCCCUCUGUGCUGGCAACACCCAAGACAACAGGAUGAGGAUGAAGGUUGGUAGCAAGUCUGGAGUGAGCGUGGAGCGAAAGGCGAUGUUUCCUUUGUUUGCUGUAGGAAAGAAAGGUACAGACACCAACAUGUGGAAGGAAGAAAUGAUGGGAAGCCCCCGUGGGACUGAGAAAGCACUUUGAGGAACCUUGAAGAACUCUGUACAUAGGACCGCUAGCAAAGAGACUCUUACCUUGCGGCUGUGGGAAAGGGGAGGGUGAUGUGGGAUUACUAUGGAAAACGAAACACCAACAAGAUGACCCAGAAUGAUGGAUUAAGUGCCUUGCAAAUCUUUAUGAUUAUCCAAACAUUUGUGUUCGUACUUUCUUGUGUCCAGAUGGUGCUAGUCAAGACGAAAUCAACAAAAACAGAAGACUCAACCCAGUUUUUGAAAUGUAUUGACAGCUUGUUUUCUCUUGGUAUUUUUUCUCUUGUUCCUGAUUUGCUGUUUGUUUCUAAGAAGUUGUGUCUGUAGUGAUGUCUCCUAAUUGAUAUUCCAGCUGAAUAAAUGUUAACUGUCUUUCGUGGCUAUUCUGGUAAGGCCACUCAGGCCGUAGAAACUGCAUUGGCAUGAGCCAGUGUGUUUCCCAGGGAGGUUUGGAAGGACACGUGACGGGAGUGGCCACCUUCCAUAAGCAACAGGUCAGCUGGCAGACGCAGGGUUGGGCAUAGAACGGGUACACAUGGACUUUAGUGACCAGGAGAAGUGUCUUUGAGGGGAAGGGUGACUUGAGCCCCUGUUCCCAUUUGUUUCAUGGGCUUGUGGCCCUCGAAACAAGCUCGUGUUCCUUUUUAAUCCAAAACCUCUGGCUGAAAAAGCUCAGACAACUCCAUUAGAGUCCCAUUGCUUUGUUUUCUGUGGCGUCACUGAUGCAGGGUGGGACUGUCUGCAUUGUAGCUCUCUGGGCUCACGCAGGCUUGGGGUUGUGUCCCUUUCUGCCACCCGGUGUCCUGUCCAGUAGCAAGAGAACAGCUCUCCCGUUCUAAAGCCUCUUUGGUGUCUCUGCCACCUUGGUGUCCUGAGGCAGAGAGAGGAACCCCAUUCCCUUAACUCCAGACCUUGCCUACUCAAGGCAGAGUGGAAAGCUAGAACUUACUCCCCUUCCCCCCCCCAAAAAAAUCUGAGGACUUUGUUCUCAAAUUAUCCCCCUCCUUUCAGGAUUGUUGGACCAUGUUAGGGAUAUAGGGCGGAGGCAUGGAAUGGUCAGGCAUUAUCUACAAGGCCCCUGAACAACUGAGCAUCCCAGGAGGACGAAGAAUUCUCUCUCCCAGAGCCUCUGGAGCUUGACUGUGCAAACGCAAGCUCAGGGGUUUGGAAAGAGGACUCUGAAUCCUCAACUUUUUUUGUGGCAUAUCUGGGCCAGUCCUUGACCCCGGAGGCUCCUUAAGGAGUAAGAACUUUGUAUCUCUGGAUCAGCCCUUCCACUGGACACCUGCAUCCCAGCAAAGCAUGGCGUGUGGUCAGCAGAACUCAUCACACAGGAUCCAUAUGAGUGCCACAAUACCUGAUCCUUUAUUCAGAACAGGGCACAGAUGAGACCAUCUGCUAGACUGUUUUAGAGGUCAGCCUUGUGGACCAAAAGCUAGCCCCCUGGGUCACCAGUCCUGCUUGGCACAUUCCUAAAAGUUGACUCUUCUGCAAAUGGGUCCCAAGCUGCAGGUUGAAUGGCCUAAGCUCUGGAAUGGCCCAUUUCCCCAUCUGUGUAUCUUACAGUUUUAACAAGUGUGUCUCCUAGAGAAGCCGGGCCUUCUCGGAUCUUCCACAGCUCCUCUCUGGUGCCAUCCCGCAGGAGUCUUGGGCUCGGGACCCACCUCAGCCUCAUAGCACAUGUGUGCAUGGGCCUGCUUCACAGCAGUGUUCUUGGAAGCCUCUGUACUCAUAGGGAUGCCAGUACUUUGAACAUCUGUUUUGAUUGCUGGUUUGAAAUAUACUUCUAUUUUUUUUUUUUUUUUUUUUUUUUUUUUUUUUUUUUUUAAUGAAAGGCCUUGAUUUGGGAAAACAUUUUUAAAAGAGAGCACACCUGGGUUUCUUUUCUGUGCUCAAGAGCAAACUUAUUUGAUUAGUAAUCCAUGAGCUUGGCUUUGGUCCCUGCUGCCUCUUCCCUCAGCCCUGAGGUCAUCAGGCCCCAGUGAAUACUUUAGCGGGCCACCAACAAAGCCCAGUGCCAUUGCUGGAGUGAGCCCAGGCUGACAUCUGUAGAGAGUAGACUCUCAGUCAGCAGGUUCUCCUGGGAGAGCGGCCUUCGGUUGCCUUCCACUCAGAUCUGCUCGUAUACAUUCCAAGCAACUUUAUGCUUCAGCUUGGCCACGUUACCAGGGUUACUUUACUAGGCCAGGUUAGCUUCCCAGAAGGCCACAUCCACAUGACAGCGCAUCCCACAGGACUUACAGGUGGUGCAGGGAGAUGUCUGUGUGAAAUAAUGUGCUUCUCUUGUCCCCCAAAGUAAGCUGUAAACAUCUUAUUCUGCCGCAUAGUUCUAUCUUAGCUGAUAAGCCUUGGAGAACUCCUGCAUCCCAUCAUGCACCUGUUCCCUGCCCUGCCUAUGAGCUGCCUGUGGGAGCACAACUCUUUAGGCACCAAAGACGUAGUCCUGGCAUCUGAGGAUGGUGCCAGUGUGAGGUGGCUCCAGGUUUGACUUGAGGGACAAGCAAACAAACACUGAGGGGCAAAGGAACCGUCAAAGAACUCACUUCUAAUUCAUUAUCCGUCCAUAGAUGGCCCCAAAGUGUUUCUUUGGAAUUAGUAUUUAGGUACUUACACCUUACUUAAAUUCUGUCCAUUCCCCCACAACUGUAGCUGUUGAUAGAUUUUACAAUCCUAAUAAGUCCGUAUAAAAGACACACAAUCCAGAUUAUUUUAAUUAUAAGCCAUAUGCCUAGCAUGGGCAGAUCUAGGGCUAUACUAACUUAUUCCCCAGCUAUCAGGGCACUUGUCACUUGCUGUUUUUCCUGGCCACUUGGUUCUGGCCCGUGGUGGUUUCCUCCUCCACCAUCUCUGUCCAAACCUUCAACUUCCUCUUGAGGCUCCAGUCUCACCUUUCCCCUCCACUGCUCAACCACAGACGCUAGCCUUUUAUUGACCAGUUAAGCUGGGGAGAAGAUUCACAUGGCAUCACUUGAGGAUGGGAUGGUCUAGGCGACCAUUUCUUGAGGAACCAGCGUCAGUUAGCAUUGGAAUACAAGCCGCAUUGGGCCAACCCACUACAUCUAGCCCUGCUUCAAAGAAUCUAGUGUGAGGCAGAAGCAUUUGCAGCCCAAGUAAAACUAAAAUCUGAAACGGGGAGCAUCAUUCUCCUGGGAGGAAACCCUUAGUUCACCUCACCUGGGCCAAGGAAUAGGUGCUGUUGCUAUGAGGGAGGUGGGAUCUGCUUUCAGUACCCACCCGAGAGCUGGAAGCUAUGAUCUUAUCCCCGAACCCUUCUGGACACCCCAGUAAGCCAUCUCUAACUUCCACAUCAGCAGAGUUGAAACCCAUGCAGCUCUCCUGUGGUUUCACCUUCAGUUGCUGUUCCCAACAUGGGGAACACAACAUACAGGUUCAGAGAUGGAGCCCCUAAUGACCCAAGUAAUGACCCCCAAGCAGGAAAAUGGCUCCAGAGCAAGAGACUAGCAUAAGGAACACCACGCAGCACCAGGAAACGGGGCAAAGGGUGGACAGCAGAAAUGCUCAUCCAGUGGGAACCAACUCCCAUUUGCCAUGAAUCAGCUUAGAGCUGGGGGGGCGGUGUCUACUGUGCAGGAAGGAACUUGUAUCCUCAGAAUGGAGGUGCUUUGAAAGGUCCUGACACUCAGGUUGUGCUUGCUGCAAGGACUUCCAUUCGAGCUUUGAGCAAGAAAGGCAUCUGCCAUGUGGGUGUAGCCAUCCUUGGGGAAUAGCCAUCUUCUCUGGCCUUCAGCAUCUCACUCUCUUCUUUCAUUAGGGUUCAUCCAUAUGCCUUCUUCACAGCUCUGUAUUUCAAAUCUGCUCUCUGCCCUGGACUUCCCGGGAAAGAAGGUGAGAUUGGCAAGAGCCCACAGUUUGCUCAGUGCCAACAUGGCCUUUGCUGAUCUGUAACUGAGCCCUUCCUUAUUCCACCAAGAAUUCUAGUCUGUAAAAGAAAUGACUAAAAAAUGAGUUCCUUCUAAAAUCAAAAACAGAUCUCUCCUGAAUGUUGUUCUUUCCUUGGGACAUAUGCAAAAACAUUUCCUCCCUUUUAGGGUAAUUUAUCUUUAAAACCAAAGCCAGGGCCCGUUAGAAACAUGUUGAAAAUCCUGUGUUCUGUGAGUUGAUGCUGACUAAGCCAUCCACUGUCAUCGUCCUUACAGCCUCCCUGCCACUGCCUAGAUUUGGCCCCAAGUUCCACGCUGAGAGGGGUGUGCUUAGUGCUAACACAUGUGUGGCACUGGGAGAGACCGACAUAACCCACUGCUCUUCCCUGAGCCAAGUUAAACAGCUAAGGGCAAGUUUCACAGACAUGAUUGGUAAAUGGUUCUCAUUUUUUUUUCCAAGUGAUUGAAACAGCAUUGUAGAUUACCACCCUCCUGAAUAGUAUCAGUAACCUCUUUACAACAUUACAAAGCUAUUUGUAAAAAUGCAUAAAUUGUAUCGUCUAGCCAUCUUUCUGAUGUGUCAGAGAGAAUAUAUUUCUAAAUGACAAACUCGGCAUUAUUUCCAUAAGAAUAAAAACAGGAUUAUAUAACCCAGUACACUUUCUUAAACCCAAUAUAUUCUCUCCAAGGGGGGUGUGGGGGAGAGCGUUGAACAUUUCCAAGAAUUAAUUUAUCCAUUCCUAAACAAAAACAUUCUACUUUGGGGUGACCCUUUGCAAAACCGGAGGUGAUGUCACAAUGUUGGACAUAGUGUGACCCUGUGGGAGGGGCCAAGCUUAAUAUUCUCCACAUGCAGCAAUGACUGAUGUCGUGUGGAAGUGAGCACUCCAAUCCAUCCAGGGUGUAUUAUGUGCGCUCAGAAUGACCUUGCACAAAGGAGUCUCGUGCCUCCCCACACUGCCAGCCUCCUCAACUGCCUUGACUUAAGGAGGCAUUUAUUGAUUUGCAACCUCAGAAUGUUGUCCUGUAACACCGUUUGUGUUCCUAGAUCUCUUUUAUGCAUCGUGGUCAGGAACGCCCUCCACAUGUUCUGAGUUGAAGCAUGUGCUUGCUCAGUCUGUAUUUUGUCUGUUUCUUUUGUUCUUCUUACUCCAGGAAAGUCUGUUAGCAGAGACAUGGGCCAGGGAAGGGAGAAUGGAUACAAACAGGGGUGGGAUCUCAUCCUCAAAGUGCAGAGCUUUGCUCUGAAUCUCAGCUGUCCUUCUAGCAGGGCAGCCGAAGGGCCUGAGACAAACUUCCUUUCAAGUUGGCAUUGCUAUCAACUUGGAAAUCAGGUUCCACGGGCCUUCAACUUCCUAACAAAGGAUCCAGCCUCCUCCAACUGGGUCUCUCACUCAGCCCCUGAGGAAAAGUGCUGACAGUAUUGAGUCCUACUCAUCCCCAAGACCCCCAAGAGGUCCUCACCAUGGAUAGAUAUGGUAGCUAUCUGUUCUUAAGAAACCAAAGCACUUUAGUGAGUCUUACAACCCAUAAUAAUUAUGGCAUGUGUCCCCUUGAGAGGUGGAAGGGGCUUGGGCCAGGUCUCAUUUGAGAGGCAACUAGACCAGGAGGAAAAGCCUGGAGCUAGGAAGCAGAGAGCUGGGCCACAUCUGCACCACCACAAGCUAUGAAUCUCGGGUGGGUUACGGCAUUUGCUGGGCCCCCUGUAGACAGUUGUAAGGAGGUCCUAAAGGGAGUAGUGUAACUGGUGGGACAUGCUUUGAAGAAAUCAGAAGCUCUCUCCAGAGCGGAGGGAGGGUCAUCUAUAGAUGAAGAAGUUGACAUCCAUAGUCACUGCCUGGUCAUGGUCAGGUUCACAGAAGAGUCUCACAGCAGAACUGGAACAUGAGCCCAGCCACCUGGACUGUCCCUCUUGGAGCACCUUUCACCCAGAGUGUGUACAUGAACACAGGCUGCUCCUCUGUGCCAGUGUGUGCACAUAUGUGGGUGUGUCUGUAUGGGGGCAGGGGGUAGUAUGCAGCACAGACGAAUGUAGGACAGAAACUCCGAGUCCUAAUUUCUUUUUAACAGUAGACCUAUUUGUGGCCUGGGACAUGCAACCAACUCUGCUGGACCUCAGAUUUUCUAAGUUGUAAAACAAGGACAUUGUGCUACAGGAUCUUUGUGGUUCUUCCAGCUUUGGCUAUGAGAGCCCCUAAUGGAUGAUGUAUGUAUGUAUAUAUCGAUAUGCUUAUCUGUAGAAAUGGGCCCAUUGGGAAAUCGGAGACGAGGCCUGCCCGAGUGCAUUGACGUGUAUCAGACUCAUCAACUUCACAAGUCCGUAAGUCUUCAUUUUAAAAGCCAAUGGGAUGGUGGCAUUUACUGUCAUUGUUUCAAAUUCACUGUUGAUCCGGGUAGAGGAUUGGUGCUGUUUUUUUUUAAAAAAAAAAAACGAAGUUCUUAGCUCACAAGUGUUUGCUGUUAUUUUUUAAAAACACGAGUCAUUUGUUCAAUAGUCAAAAUUUUAACUCUUCUGCCUUGGGCAGGUCCCCGAUAGCCUGCUUUGCGGGCUGGGUUUUGUGUAUGGGCUUUUACAUAACUAUAUAAAAGUUAGCUGUUGGCUUGAUCAUGGUAAAUAUGAACAGAUUGCCUGGAGAGCAGUCCAGAAAAGAAUUGAAUUCUAUAGUUCUCAUCAACUGGUGACAUGAACCCAUUAAGCUGUGUGCGAUUCUCUGGUGUGAAGAUGUUGUUCACUGGCUACAGUCUCUGACUUUGUGGCAUAUGAGGUAUAAAAUGUUGUAAAAAAAAAAAUCUGGUGUUUAAAAGAAUCAAAGUAUGGUGGCAUUAAAUGUUCACUUUUAUUCUA